AUGCAUUUGAGGAUCCUUCGUUUAUUGGCCGUUGGCCUUGCUUGUAUUGAUGUUGCGGUUGCGGGCCCUUGCAAGCCUCGUUCUUCAGUAUCUGAGUCUUCCGUUGCGACAACAGUGUCAACAUCUGGUUUUGACCUAUCUUCCGACACCUCGGCCACCUUUGCCAGCACGACGACCGAAGCAGUCACCUCUGCUGACACAGUAACUGAUGUAACCACUGAGGUGACUUCAGCCGUAACUGAAAUAGAGACUGCAAGUAGCGAGGCAACUGUUUCCGGCGAUACAACCACCGAGGCUACCACCUUGGCUACAUCAACCGCAACCACUGAAGCAGCUUCUACCACUGCAGCUGCCACUACCACCGCUGUUCCCAUGUUCCGACUGAUUCCGGAGAGCAGUAAUUACCAAGGCCAACCCCUUCUAUCAAAUCGAGUUCAUUUCGCUCCUCUCCUCUUCAACAGUGCCCAAGGCUAUACCGAUGCUUACUUCACCAUCGACGCCACCACCGGCCGCUUGUUACUUGACGGCACUCUGCCUAUCUGCGGCUACUUCCCCGGCGAUGGCACCAGCGCUUUCAUCGUAUGCGAUGCCACCAAUAUGCCGGACCAGGAGCAGUACCUCACUUGCGAGACACCUACACCGGGCAGCCGCUUAGAAUGCACUGUGCCUGAGGUGCAGUGCAGCAUGUCUUCUGGAUGUACUGCCACUGGCACUCUCUGGGGCACUACAUACAUUGGCCCCUCGGGUGGUGAACUCGGGAUGAAGGCGCUUAUCGGCCCUUCAUCAAUGCCAGGAUACGUUCCUGUGCCCUUGUUCGUUACGUUUGAUUCGGAUUAG